AAGCCAGGUUGGGUGUGGGAUGAGAUGCGACGGUGACGAACCGUUGGUGCUCCCCCACCAAAACCCGAAGGGGAAUGAGUAUAAAGAGAGGUUGGACGGGCAGUUUCACGCGAAGCAAGCCUCACUGUUACGAAACCGCAAUACUCAAUCGUUUCAGGAUCCUCGCCCAAGCUAAAGGCUCUGCCCAAAAAGCUUCUUCCCGAGGGCGAGAUUCUUCACCGCAGUCAUGGAUGAGAAAGACGUCCCCUCGGACCCUCCGCCGGCCUACAUCACCGGGGCGGCGGCGCAGGGCAUAAGGCUCCGGCAGAGCGCUCCGGCUCGGCCGGGCGCAACCCCGUUCCAACUGCCCAUCAUCACGCACCUCAAAGACAAACGUGUCAUACUCGCCUCGAGCUCGCCCAGGAGAAAGGCUCUUCUCGCGCAAGUAGGCCUGACGAAUCUUGAGAUAAUUGCGUCCCGCAAGCCCGAGGAUCUCCCCAAGACGGACCUGCAGCCGUUCGAGUACGUGUCGGCCACGGCGCAGCAAAAGUGCCUGGACGUGUACCAGGCCGCGCUCGAAGCGCAGGAGCAGGCCGCCGCCGCCGCCAAGAAGGGCGAGGCGGCCGAGGCGACGCCCGAGGACCCGGAUCUCGUCAUCGCGGCCGACACGGUCAUCGUGACGCGCGACGGGCGCGUGCUCGAGAAGCCGCGGUCGGAGCAGGACCACGUGGCCAUGCUGACGCACCUGCGCGACACGCGCGUGCACCGCGUCCUGACGGCGGUCUGCGUCCUCGCGCCCAAGGAGGACGCGAGCCACCCGGGCUACGAGCUCGCCGCGCACACGGAGGAGACAAAGGUCUUUUUUGCGCAGGAGUCGGGCGGCCUGCCCGACGACGUGAUCCGCAGCUACGUCCGCACCCGCGAGGGCGCCGACAAGGCCGGCGGCUACGCCGUCCAGGGCCUCGGCGGGCUCGUGCUGGUGGAGCGGAUCGAGGGGAGCUUCGACAACGUCAUUGGCUUGCCCGUCAGGAAGUGCCUACAGCUGGCCGAGAAGGUGAUCUUUAGGCAGGGCGAGGUGGGCGAGGAGGGUGAGAGCAGUGAGGACGAAUAAAGGGCGGGAUGCAUCGUUGGUCGAUAAAUCAAAGUUCACGGAACCGCCUCGGAAUGGUAUACCAUUGAUCCUGGCAUGGGGGCAACAUUAUCAAAAGAGCCCACCUACAAAAAACCGAAUAGCAAGGCCCGUGUUUAUCAGUCUGGCUCGUGGCGUGUCCUUCAACAACCUCCUCAAGCCUACAGGGCGUGAUUUGGUGGUAAAAGCCGGGCUCCUACUUAUAAUUCCUAGUCCCUGUACUAUAGAUUUCGAGUGCGAGUCCAGGUGUUGUCGCCGCAGGAUACCCCUACGUGGGUAUGAAAUGCCUGUUCACCUGGGAAGAUUAGAGGAUCGAAGUAAACCUUCAAUAAGGUUUCGUAACCAGGACCCGAUAGGUUGCCUGGCAAGUUGUUGCUUUUUUCAUGUUUUUAUAUCACCCAUAUUCCACCCG